AUGUUCUUCAAAAUUUUCGAAUUAACACCAGUGGCAGAACAUGUUGAAAACAUUCUACUCUUUAAUGGCACUACAAAUAUUAUUGAGACACCACUUACAGAUCCCUCUGAAGAAAAUAUUGUAGUGAUAAACCUACCAUAUAAUCAAUCUUCUACAAAAAUUCCAAUUGGUAAGGGAGAAGUGAAUUAUGGCUCUCACUUAAAAGUGCAUGAGUUCGCAAAGUUAUCAGUGUUGCCAGAUGCUUCUGAUGGUCACACUAUAAUACCAGACGAAGAUGUUUCUGUAGCUAAUUCAGCUUCAAUCCCAAAUGAUAAGGCGAAUUUAACAGAAAGAAGCAACCAACUAAUGUUGUUUGAAGAUUCUGGACCAGGUGUUACAGAAGAUAUCUCUGACAAGCAUGAAUUGCGGGUUGAUGUUACUAAUGCUAUUGUUGAUAAUGAGAUUAGACUUUCUGAUUUUUCUUCUGAAACAAUUUUUUUUUAA